AGAGUGAUCCCUCCCGGCGGCUACAGACGAUCUCUGCUCGGCUGGUAUUUGCUCUCCUCCAUCAUCAAACAGACAAACCGCAGAGCGACCGAGCGGCCAGCGGCGGAGUACGACGCUGAAAAUAUCACCAACAACGGGGGGGGAAAUUACGCUUUUCUGUCGCGUUCUUCUGGUGGGAAUUUGGACUUGAGCAGCUACGAUGAAAUAGUGUCGUGAGGAGCGCCACGUCCACGGGAGACAUCAGAUAAAGACGAAGAAGAAAGGUCGGUGUUUGUGACGUUGGUCUGACGUGACCGGCUUCCAAUGCUUCAAGACUACAUUUCCCAUGGAGCCGUGCACCGACACGCACACUGUUCUAACAUGGAGCCACCAGUCAGGGUUUUGGACCCAAAGAGCCAGUGAGACAGAAGAGGACCUGAUAUUGUGAUAAUCACCCUUCCCGUCUCCUCCUCCCUCCAUCCCUCCUGCUUGUCCUCCAGCUGACCAUCCCGCUCUCUCUCCCGAGGCUUCGUCUGGCCAGCUGGAGCUCCUCCUCCUCCUCCUCCUCCUCCCCCCCCCGACUCAGCUGCUGUGGACUGAAGAGUUCGAUCGGGACCAACACACACCGACCAACAGCUGCAACCAGAAGCUGCUUAAUCACACACAGAGCCCGGUCCAGUCUCAGUCCAGUCCCGCUGCAGGAUGGGCGGUCUGUCGUUGUGUUUGGCUGUCAUGGCCGCCGCCGCUCUCCUGCUGACCCUCAGAACUGACGCUGCAGGUCAGAACCCGGACCACGUCCUGCAGGGGACGGGGGUGAAACCUGAGGCUCGGCGGCCCGGCGAGGACUCCACCAUCGCGCCCGAGGACGCCGCCCGUUUCCUCAGCUGUUACUGCUCCGGACACUGUCCUGAAGACGCCACCAACAACACCUGCCAGACUAACGGUCAGUGUUUUGCCAUCAUCGAGGAGGAUGAGCACGGAGAGGCCAUCCUCACCUCCGGCUGCAUGAAGUACGAAGGCUCGCAUUUCCAGUGCAAGGACUCUCCCAGAGCUCAGACCAGGAGGACGAUCGAGUGCUGCAACACCGACUUCUGCAACCGAGACCUGCAGCCCACCCUCCCCCCGCUGGCUCCCUCCGAAGGCAGCCCACACUGGCUGGCCUUCCUCAUCUCCAUGACGGUCUGCUGCUGCACUCUGAUCUGCGUCACCGUGGUCUGUUACUACAGGUAUAAGUGGCAGAGUGAGCGGCAGCGGUAUCACAGGGAUCUGGAGCAGGAAGUCUUCAUCCCUGCUGGAGAGUCGCUCAAAGACCUCAUUCACCAAUCACAGAGCUCCGGCAGUGGCUCAGGCCUCCCCCUGCUGGUGCAGCGGACCAUCGCCAAGCAGAUCCAGAUGGUCCGUCAGAUCGGGAAGGGUCGCUACGGCGAGGUGUGGCUCGGACGCUGGAGGGGAGAGAAGGUCGCCGUCAAAGUCUUCUUCACCCGAGAGGAAGCCAGCUGGUUCAGAGAGACGGAGAUCUACCAGACUGUCCUGAUGAGACACGAGAACAUCCUCGGCUUCAUCGCGGCCGACAUCAAAGGCACCGGCGCAUUCACGCAGCUCUUCCUCAUCACCGACUACCACGAGAACGGCUCGCUGUACGACUACCUGAAGCUGACCACACUGGACACGCAGACGCUGCUGCGACUCGCCUACUCGGCCGCCUGCGGCCUCUGUCACCUGCACACCGAGAUCUACGGCACGCACGGGAAGCCCGCCAUCGCCCACCGCGACCUCAAGAGCAAGAACAUCCUGAUCAAGAAGAACGGAACCUGCUGCAUCGCCGACCUCGGCCUCGCCGUCAAGUUCAACAGCGACACUAACGAGAUGGACAUCCCUCUGAGCACCCGGGUGGGGACGAGGCGCUACAUGGCCCCCGAGGUCCUGGACGAGAGCCUCAACAAGAACCACUUCCAGGGUUACAUCAUGGCCGACAUGUACAGCUAUGGCCUCGUCAUCUGGGAGAUGGCCAGACGCUGCGUCACCGGGGGUAUCGUGGAGGACUACCAGCUGCCGUACUAUGAGAUGGUGCCCUCUGACCCCUCCUAUGAAGACAUGCUGGAGGUGGUGUGUGUUAAAGGACUGCGGCCCACAGUGUCCAACCGCUGGAACAGCGACGAGUGCCUUCGGGCCAUGCUGAAGCUGAUGUCAGAGUGCUGGGCUCAUAACCCCGCCUCCCGCCUCACCAUCCUCAGAGUGAAGAAGACGCUCGCCAAGAUGGUGGAGUCGCAGGACAUCAAGAUCUGACCGCCGCCCUCCUCCUCCUCCUCCUCCUCCUCCUCCUCCUCCUCCUCCUCACACCUCCGCCAGAUUCACCUUGAACCCAGAACAACCUGACCUGGACCGGAGCAGAUCACCACCCUUCAUCAGGAGGAGGAAGAGGAGGAGAAGUUGGGAGAUAAGAGAAUUUAAAAAAAAAAAAAAAGGACCCGUUUCAGGGCGGAGCUGUGCGUCUCCUCCUUCCUCCUCCUUCCUCCUCCUCUUCAGUGUGUGAGCGGCCGGGAAACAAACAAACAUGGAGUCGCUCCUCUUCCUCUCUUCGUGGCUCAUGCGGAGCGAGACAGCCGGGUUUGACGCUUUCUGUGAAAGCCAAACGAGACAUUUAAAUUUGGAUGAGCGGAGGGGAGAGGAAGCUCGCUGUGAAUGAACAGAGAAACAUUUUUAAGGACCCGCCUCGCCCAGCCUUCCUCCUCUUCUGCCUGUUUAAAAAAAAAAUGCCAAUUUUUUGUUUUUAUUUUCUCUUCAGGACAGUGUUUCUCCUGCCAUAUUGAAAUAUAUCUACACUCUUAAAGUAGAGUUAAUUAUAAAAAAUAAGGUACUAUUAUAAUAUGUGAAUUUUAAUGUGUAAAUAAAUGUUAUCUUUAGAUGCCGUGCCUACUCAUAAGAAGAUUUUUAAAAAAAAAACCAGAACACUAUGCUGCAGUGGACUCCAGAGAGACGUUCACACUCUGGAGACGUCUACCGUCCUGUCUGUCUGUCCACGUCCUGGUUCAUGUCGGCCUCACA